CUAUGUCAUAAUUCCAAGCUAAUUUCAGAAGAACGCUCCGAUUUUCGUGGUGGUUAGUUCUAGAGCACAAGUAGCAGUUUUGAAUUACCCUUGCUUUGUCUUCUUACGUUGGGUAGACGCAUUUGAGCUUAGGUUUUGGCUGAAGUUUGUCAAGUGAGAAUCAAGGGAAGAGCCAAAAAAUGAGCAAAAUUGGGGGCGGAUCUGAUCCUCCUUCUCCUCCUUCUCCUCCUCUAUCAGUUACAUCAUCUGAAGCAUCAAAGAGCAGUGGUACUUGCUUUGAUGCUAAUCGAAUUGCAGAAGUGAAAGCAUGGCUUGUUUCCCAAUUUGAUGCAGCUGGCAAAGACGUACCUGAUUUUGAGUACACUCCUCAGAGCAUUGCUCACUUACACAACAUUGCCACCCUGUCCCAAGCCAAAACCCAGGCUGCCACCAUCGUGGCAAAUGACUUUCGUCAAAAAGCUGCAGAGUAUCGCUCCCAAGCUGCUAGGAUAAGAGAGAUACUGGAGCAUGUGGGAUUGGUGCAAGAGAGUUUACCAUCUAAUGUGGUGUCAUCUUCCCAAGUUCUUGCCAGUGUGGCAAAUCUGUUGAAUAUUAGGGAUACUGAACUAAGUAGUUUUCUUGUAGCAAUGGCAGAUCUAUCUUUAAGAAAAACAGCAGUAGAAGAUUCUUGAUUAUACUCGAAAGGCAAUAGCAAGAUUGACUUAUCUAAAAAGAACACUAGCACAAUUGGAAGAUGAUAUACCUCCUUGUGAAGCUCAAAUGGAACACUGGAAGACGAACUUGGCGAUAAUGGAAUCAAAAGAAAGACAGUAUAUGCAACAGUAUUCUAAUUACAAGGCAAUGCUCAAUCGUGUGGGCUAUAGCCCUGAGAUUAGUCAUGGAGUGUUGGUAGAAAUGGCAGAGCACAGGAAGGACCUGGAGAAGAAAACAAAACCAAUCCUUGACACAUUAAGAAGCUACCAAGACUUGCCUCCUGACAAGGCUUUGGCGGCAUUGGCAAUCGAGGAUAAGAAGAGGCAAUAUGCUGCUGCUGAGAAGUACCUUGAAGAUGUAUUGCAGUCAGCUCUUGCUUCUUCUGAGUGAUAUCCAACUACUAUUAGUGGCUUCCUUUCGUUGACGUUUUGAUUUGAUAUAAUUAAAUUGAAUUUCAAAUGUGCUUGACGUCUUGAUUAUGGUGUUUUUGUUGAAAUGAUAUUACGUCUACUCUUUUGGUCCUUUUGCAUUGUCUAGAUGCUUUUCUUCGUGUUGUGAAAAUUUUCAGGACUGAUGAUGUUUUCUGUACAGUUGGCAGGAGAACACAUUAUUUUGAUAGAAUAUCUAUAAAAACAAGCGUUACAAUUUUUAACUAAAGCUUGAAUUCUUAUUCAACUGAACCACUUGUUUAUCCUCUAUUGAUGAUCAAGUUCCUUGAUCUAUAGGGAUGAAUUCAUAAGGUACCAACAUAAUGUGCUAUUUUCCUCUGCAGUAAUAAGAAAUGCUGCAAUUUGACUCAAUUUUUUGCAAAUUUCCUCAUUUUAGUUUUGUCUGAUUUUCCUCCGUAAGACCAAGAAAUGCGUGAUUAGACUCAUUCUUGCAAUUUUCCUCAGGUUUAAGUUUCAGAAAUGCAUGUGUUCUCUUACUUACGGCUUUAAGUUCUAUAAUUCAUGUGCAUUCUCUUCUUGCAUAUGUUUUCAUGAAUACACAGAUUUUCUACAUCUUUCUUAUUGAGAGAGAGACUAACUGUUGACUGUGCGAAUGUGCCAACAUUUACUUUAACAACCCAACCUGACCUCUUAAGAACAAGAAACUUGCGUCUUUGCAGAAAUUUCACA